GUAGGAUAGGACACUUUACUUCCUGUGUGCGCAAGAGACAGAGUCAGUGAGAAAUUAGGCAGAGCUCGCGUUCGAAAAUCAUCGGCGAUCGCUGAAUAUAUGCCGGGCUGGAGACAAGUUCAUUCAUGAUAAAUUUGUAAAUAAAUCAGUCUACACUGGGCAUGGUUUUUCAAGGGACAUUGUAGUGAAAUUAUGAAUAGUUCUCUGCAUAUGAGUAUUGUCAACUCCCACUCUAAGAUGAACACUGCUGCUAAACGCCAAAAUGGUCCAGUGGCCAACCACUGCCAUGGUACUCAUUGCCAUGGUAACCAUUGCCAAGGCAACCAUGGCCUUAUCUCCCAUUUCUGUAACACCAGUGACAAUGAUGCCAUCCAAGUGGAUGACAGCAUGCAGGAGGAGAGGAACUCCAAUUAUGGGAUGUCCAGAGACUAUGAUUAUAGCGCACCACCCGCAGUCCAGGAGAAGAUGAGACGAGAACUGAAGUUUUUCUUCAUGAACCCGUAUGAGAAGUACAAAGCUAGGGGACGAAAACCAUGGAAGUUAGGGGUGCAGAUCAUCAAAAUUAUACUGGUGACUUUACAGCUCAUUCAGUUUGGAAUGAAUCAGUUCAGACAGGCCACAUUCUUUGAGGACAAUGAAAAGGCAUUCAAUAACAUCUUCUUGAAAGAUUGGGAUCCAACGUAUGACUCCUUCGCCUAUCCCAAGACAAGACAACUUUAUGCUCUCUAUCUUAAAGAUGACGUUUAUGAACAUAUGGAUUAUGCUGUCUACAAGUACUCUCAACUCGAGAAGGUGGCCGUUGGCACGUAUGAAUUUGAGACAGCAGAUAGCAGAGACAUCCACACAGUCACACUCUGUAAUAAACACUACUCCUACCUCAAUGUCUCUCAAGGCCAAUUUGAUGUCAAUCUCACGACAAAAAUAGAUUGUCUGUCCUUUCAAGUGUCCCCUGACAAAAACAUUAGCAUGAAAAGUUUCCUGCGUGAUAAAGGCUUCCAGAUGAGCUUUGACAGCAUGAUUGAGUUGACACUGAAAUUCUCCAUCCGUAGUUUGCAUGUGAAAGACCUGGAGACAUUGUCUAUUCCAGAUUGCGUCCGAUUCAACAUAACAAUUCUCUAUGACUACAGCAUCCAUGGUGGGCGUAUUGCAGUCUCCCUUUCCGAAAAACAUUCCAUUUUUUACUGCGCCAACAGUGUCAUAGGAGAGCAAGAAGCACAGAAUAUCAGUUACUUGGUAGCUGCCUACGAUGUCGUCAUCAUGUUGCUGUGUACAGUGUCGCUUCUCCUUUGCUUCAGAUCGUUACAUCGAGGCCGAAGACUGAAAAAGAAAGCGGAGACGUUCUUCCAGCGUUACUAUGACAGGAAGCUGAGUAGGCAGGAAAAGUUAGAGUUCUUGAAUAUGUGGUACAUCAUGAUCAUCCUGAGCGAUCUCUUGACGAUCUCCGGGUCACUCCUCAAACUGCUUCUGGAGUGGAAGGUAACCACUGAUUACGAUGCAUGCAGUCUGCUGCUGGGUACCGGUUGUUUCCUAGUGUGGCUUGGUGUUCUGAGAUAUCUUGGGUUCUUCCCAAAAUAUAAUAUCCCGAUAAUUACCUUGAAGAAUGCCAUGCCAAACUGUAUACGAUUCAUCGUUUGCGGAAUCAUUCUCUACAUGGCCUAUGGCUUCUCUGGUUGGAUUGUACUCGGACCAUACCACCAUAAGUUUCGCAGUUUCAAUGUUGCCAUUGAGUGCAUGUACAGCCUCAUUAAUGGAGACGAUAUGUUUGCCACCUUUGAUGAGAUGUCAGACAAAAGCACCAUCGUCUGGAUCUACAGCCGUCUCUAUCUCUACUCCUUCAUCAGUCUCUUCAUCUACGUCAUCCUCAGCUUAUUCAUUGCUCUCAUCAUGGACACCUACGAGACUGUUAAGGCAUGCCACGGUAGACAUCGAAGCAACACACCACUUGAGGCUUUCAUCGAUGAGUGCAACGACUGUCCAGAAUCGGGAUGCUACCGACGGAAGAAGAAGAAACGCAGGAAGACGUGGAAGUCUGUCUGCUGCUGUCGAAGAACAAGCUCUUCCAGUGAUGAAGCCACACCUCUGUUGCACUGAUCAUGAGAGAGGUUUCUUCAGCCAAUCGCACAUGCAGCUGAGCAAAUUCUAAAUGGGUUUUUAGCCCCUAAACAUUAAUACGUUUGACCUAAACAUUAAGACACAUGUUUAAGAUGUUCAUUCUGACAUUUGGCCGUCGUCGAUUUUAUUGCAAAGGUCAUAAUAUGAUGAGAUGGAAAAUUACUACGUGUAAAGAUAGUUCCUCCUCCUUAGCUGGUUUUAAGGAGGGUGGCAGGUGGCAAUGUAAUCACAUCAAUCAAUUUCUUGUUAUCAAAGAGGAGCUAAAUUGGCGAUAAAUGUGUGAUGAGCAAUUUCAGCUAAUUUUUUUUGUGUUUUUAUCGUGUAGUUGAAAAACCCCUCCAACUUUCCGCAGUAGGGCAGAUAACAGGCAAUGUGUAUUUAUUCUUAUCAAAGUACUAACAUAAAUAACCCUAGUUGGUCUUGCAUGCCAUCACACUCAUGACGUUAUUAACAUUUUUACAGCAUUAUUCUGGAUUUUCUUGGCUGUGGAGAGAGUGGAUAUUUUAAUGUAAAUUACAUCAAAUUUUAAGACAGUUGUAAUUUGUAAGAAAUGCACAGAAAAGGAAGUUAAACAAAUUUGAUGACUUUGUGACAGUCAUUUAUUUAUGCUUUCCAGUGAAAAGAUGACUAAAAUAAUCUGAGGUUAGAACACCUCUCGACAGGAUUACUCAGUGGUUGUCGAGCCUUCUGCAGAAUAUUUUGUGACUUCACCUCUUGACGUUGUGUAUUGUUCCCGCAAGGCUGAAGAAGACUCACCAAUCAGCCAAUAUAUCUCCCAAUAGGAUGAAAUGACAUAAAGCAUUUUUUAAAAAUAGCAUAUGCCACUGUGUAAUUGUAAAGACAGAAUGAAAUUUCAUCGAGACAUGUAAUGCUUAUGCCACCGUCUAAUUGUAAAGAGUAUGCCAACAUUUUGACAUGGAUUAUAUUUAUAAAGGUUAAGUUACGGCCAUAGCGUUAUACGUGUACUCAGCAAAAAUUAACUCUUGUACAUACAUAGCAGUGCUCAUGAGUAACACACAUCACUGCGAUUGCGAAUAAGCCAGAAGCCAUGUGAGUUGAAAUUAAAUGCAAAGAGAAGCCGAUGAAUGGGAUUUGAAUGUACCCAUUCUUAUACAAAAUGUGCUUACUUAUACGGCGAUGAUGCGUUAGAGAUAUGUUCUAGUGCUGCAUAUUUUAAGUGAUUAAAUGAUUUUUAAAAGAACUGUUCAACUUUUGGCUGUAAAUCGCAAUUUAUAAAGUUAACCACAAAUUGUAUUUUUAAUCGAAAGGCAGUGAAAUCGAGAUAUAAGUAAUGAAAAAUAUUCUCUUUGUGUGUGUUUUGGGGAAUUUGUUUGAAAUUAAUGCUAUGUCUGUCCGAGCUCAAUGUUAGAUAGGAAAAUGUUUUAUCCAAAUCUUCUGGAGGCGAUGUUAUACACUUAGAAGGCUUUUCAGAAAACAAAGGCGUUUUAUACACCAAAAACA